UAUCUGUACUGUCUCGUGGAGUUCUUUGGGCUGAACCUGACAGCUGCCGAUCUCACAACAGUGACUCUUGGCAGCAUACGAGGAUUAAAACCAGCAGUUACAGAACAAUAACUCAUGAUGCCCAAGGUAAACAGUACAUCCCAAUCAUAAAACCACAUCACCAACACAGCUUGCCUAACCUCAUGGCCCAACUGCCUGGGGAAACAAGCUUACUUCUAAAAAGCAGUACUUGUUUUUAUCAAGCUUUGUAGGCAAUAAAACACAGAAAAAUGAGAGUCCCAAGAUUCCAAAGCUUAAAAUUCUUUCUGCCCCAUUUGCAUUUCUUGUUGUUGUUAUUUUGCUAUUUGGAUAUAUUUAACAGCUUAAAUACUUUAUUGUGCUUUUGUUCUUAUUUCAAUAGGGCCAGUAUUAGAAUUUGAUUACCUGAUCUGUGAAGAAUGUGGGAAGGAAUUCAUGGACUCGUAUCUCAUGAAUCAUUUUGAUCUAGCAACAUGUGAUAAUUGCAGAGAUGUUGAAAACAAACAUAAACUCUUAACAAGGACUGAAGCAAAGCAAGAGUAUCUUCUGAAAGACUGUGAUUUAGACAAGAGAGAACCAGUGCUUAGAUUCAUUCUGAAGAAAAAUCCUCAUAAUCCACACUGGGGUGAUAUGAAACUUUACUUAAAGCUACAGGUCAUUAAGCGUUCCCUUGAAGUUUGGGGUAGUGAGGAAGCCUUAGAAGAAGCAAAAGAAAACCGCCAAGACAACAGAGAGAAGAUGAAACAGAAAAAGUUUGAUAAAAAAGUUAAAGAAUUACGGCGAGCU